UCAAUUAAAGCAGGCCAUGGAAGCGAAUUCGAUGAAGCCCAAGCGAACUUUUAAGCGUCCCUUUGCAUUCCCGAAGAACUGUGUGUACCGUCCGUUGCGGCAGAUAAGCAACAUGGAGCGGAACCUGAAGCUGCCCGCCGAUAGGCCCACCUACUUCACGCUCAAUGCACCGCCCUCGCUGGUUCCGGCCAAAAAGUACUCGGACAUUAGUGGACUGCCCGCUCCGUACGCCGAUCCGCACACAAAGCUGCGUUUCGCCAACGCCGACGAGUACGCGUCCAUGCAGCACAUGCCUUCGGACAUCAUCAAUGGCUACCUCACGGUGCGCGGCUAUACGAGCGCCGUUGGAUAGUCACCUCGAUCUAUAUAGUAUACAUCCCGUUCCGCCCGAGGCCUCGCGAUCUUACUGCCAAUCACAAUAGCCAAUUACGGAGCUGCUGGCCUUUUACUUUUACUGGCAUUGCGUGCGAGGCUGUUGGAUUCCGAACAAUAUGCUGACUGCUUCCUGAUAGAACAACAACACAGGGAACAACAUACACGAUUACCAUAUAUGUAGAUAGCCCACCCAGAAAGAGAUGAUCUCUGUAGCCCCAAGCCUGUUGCGACCUCGAAACCCAUAGAUACUUGUAUUAUUACUAUCUAAUAUUUGACUGUAACAUUGGCUUUGAUAAGCCAGGUGAUAUGUAAACCUUGAGGCAUGAAAAUUGUCAAAACUAACACAUACAUACAUAGGAUCAUAAUGAGAAAAUAAAUAUUUUGACAUCCACUA